AAAUGAUAACCGGAAUAAGAGAAACUAGCGGGAAAGCAACGAUGCUCGUUUAACAAAAUCAUCGUUGAAACAUCAAGCAUUAUUAUGGCUGAAGAAAAGGAUGAAGUUCCAGAGUCACCAGAAAUUCAUUUUGAGCCUAUCGUGAAGCUAAAUCCGGUUGAGAUCAAAACUUUGGAAGAAAACGAAGAAGUCUUGUUAAAACUAAGAGCCAAACUUUUUCGUUUUGACAAUGAAGCGGAUCCACACGAAUGGAAGGAACGUGGAACUGGAGAAGUAAAAAUUUUAGAACACAGGGUGACAGGUCACGUUCGCAUACUGAUGAGGAGGGACAAGACAUUGAAGAUUUGUGCAAACCAUCAUAUAACACCUAUAAUGCAGCUGAAACCCAAUUGUGGAAGCGACCGUGCUUGGGUAUGGUCCACUUUAGCUGACUUUGCUGAUGAAGAAGCUAAGGAAGAACUCCUUGCCAUCCGUUUUGCCAAUGCAGAAAAUGCACAGCAGUUCAAGACAGUAUUUGAAGCAGCUCAGACCAGGAUUGAAGAGUUGUCCAAAAAUCAAAAGGAUGAGUCUAAUGCAGAAAAUACACAGUCUGAAAAUAAAGAAGGGAAAUCUGAGCAAGAUCGGGGUCCAGAGGAAUUGUCUAACAAGUUGGGUAGCCUUACUGUCAGUGAUGCAUUAAAUGAAAGUGCUAGUGCUGCUGGUGAUGGAACCACAGAUGUUGUCAAAGAAAAUUCUGAAAAGGACUGAAAUUCGCUUAAUGUGAAAGGACCUAUUUUGAAGGAAAUGUGAAAAGACAAAAAGAAUGGCUUUGGAGUUUGUGCAGUAGACAUGGUGGGUGCCUGUGUGUUGGAAGCUGGUAAUCCAACAAUUGUACACAGUAGCCACCUCUUCUCUCUGCCCAUUUUUUUUUUUAAGUUGUGCAUCUUGUUCACAUAAAAGACACGAGUUGACCUUUUUAGAUAAACUAUUUUGUUGACGUGUAAACACGUUUCUGUGACUAGCUGCAUGCUUCGCGUGUACACUAAUUUAUGACAAAGAAAGGAAUUUCAUCAUAAAUUGAUAUAACUGUUGCAUGGAAAGGCAUGCUAAAUGGCAGCCUAAAGAGAGUUAUGUAUUGUGUUACUGCUUUGAUGAGUAUUGUCUUGAAAAUACAACACUACGUUGAUCUUGGUACUGAGUUUUGUCCUCUCAUUCCUUUGCAUUGUAAUCACUUGCAAAUAUAUUUACAUGACACAGAACGUGAGGAGUAAGGGUGCCAUUUUAAUUAAAUCUAAGAUUUCAAGUUAGCAACACCUUUUUAUUUAAGGUUUGUUUUUUUGUGUUUUUUUUUUUUUUUGGUCGUUCAACAAAAUGAAACUGAUACUAAACAGGUUGCCAAAUUGUAAAACAUACCAGUGCCAAUGAUGUUGAUUCUUAAAAACACUAAUUAUGUCAAAAGCCUUUCUGGAGCCUGUAAGUUAAAAAGAUCCUACUGCAGGUGCUUUUGCUGUUCCUGCCUGCUCUGAAAUACCACUUGCUCUGCUAGCUGCUUCUCGGCCAUGUGGGGUGGGGUGGUUUAGGGUUACCUACUGGCUUCAUAAUCUGGAUGUUAAGGCUUAUUCUGGUAUUGCUUGUUGCCUUUAUUUGCGAAAGGUUAUAACAAGUGACUGUGUCCAUUCUUUGGGGCACUGUUAAUCUCCGAUUUUCUGAGUGGUGACAGCUGUUACCACUUGCCAGAAUCAUGCAACUCUGCUGGACUCUGAACACUUGCCUCCCUUCAAAUGGUCAAUUUGAUGUAUUUCCUUAGGACUAGGUAUUGGGGUCUUUUGUUGCCAUGUCACAUUGUCAGUGUCAAACCUGUUUCCAGCUGAAAGUUUUUUAGGCCAUUGCAAUAUUGUAUCCAUCAGCUUAGUACUGUAGUUUUUUAAAUAUAACCCUGUCUUUUGAUGACUGACAUCUGCUGCCCUGGUUUGAAUUGUCAGUAGUUGAUAGGCCUUGGUGUUUUUGCCUCAUUCCAUUCCCUUCUUCAGCCCUACAUUUCUCCUUGAUAUAGGGUAUUUUUUUCUGCAAGUGCUUAUGAAAGUGUCUGCUUUCUAGUUUUUGUGGACAUAAUCAUUGGACUUGCAUGGGUUGAAGAUGUAGCGGCACUUUGUGAAGCUUAUUUUAUAAUUCCUCUUUGUGUCUUGAUUCGUCCAUUAUUACCCAUCAAUGCUGUUGUCCCUUCCAUUUUUAAUAUGUUGUCUGUCUUGGAGCAUGCUCCUUCAUGACCGUGAUGAGGCGGUAUAUAAACCAGGUGUUCAUUUUAUGAGAAAGGCGUCUGGCUUAACAAAUUUUUGGCAACCUGUUACCCUGCAGCGAUACAUUUUCUACAUUGUGUUAAUCUUAGGUCUGACAGUUUCUGGUGCAUGUGCCUCUAUAUAUCACAAUGGGAACUUGGCCAGCAAUAUGAUGCAAUGUGUUGCAAAGGUUUGUGGGGGGAAAGAUGUACACAUUUGAUUUUUGCAUGACUAACUUGAAUGAACAUUAAAGCUGAUGUUCAGUA